AUGACGACGCCUCAAGCAACGUCCAGGUUCUCAACGUCGCUAGAGAAAGGAGAGGCGGGAGCUGUUGAAUGGAAAUGCGAGUACCCGUGUGGGAAUGAACGCAGCAGGGACGUGCUGAGGAAUGCACAAUCAGAAGUGGAGCCCCAAUCCCAAUGCGAGAAAUCCUGGGACAGGUUCAACAUUCGCCCAGAUAUCGAUGAGGAGGAAUCCUCGACUCGGGGUCUUCGGGUCUUCAGGUUGAUCCCCCUGACGCUGCUCUUCCUUGCCGUGUUCGGGACGGCGGUGCUCAGCAAGCUGAGCCUUGUGUACUUGGCCGAGAUGAAGAAGGUCGCCAGACAGGCCGGCGAACUCGGCCAGAACCAGUUCUAUUCCUGGGUCCUUGCCUUCGUUCUCGUCAUCCCCAACAUCUUCAGCUCCAUCCGCUGCGGCCUCCGGCUCGCCUUCAAGAACUCCGAUGCCUCCAAUUGGAAGAUUAUCGCUCUGAACUGCCUGCUGGAAGGCUUCAUCGGUCUCGGCUCAGCCCUCAUGGCCAUCGUCAUCCUCCCGGCGGAUUCGGCGAACCUUCUCAGCAGCAUCCUCCUCCUCAAUGGUGUCACCCUGGUGCCGAGCGCGCUGCAGUUCGUCGGAAGAUGGACGCGAGGCAGGAAGCCGCCCAGGACGUCCAAGCUCCUGAGCCUGGCCUCCCUCUGCUGCUGUCUCGGCGCAUUAGCGCUGUCGGUCGCCAAGGUGGCAUUGACGGCGCCCAACGGCGGCUCCACGGAGGCGGGAAUGAUUGCCCACCUGGCGCUGCUGCUGAACUUCCUGCCCGUCGGCUGGCUCCGGGGAUUCCGCGACGCCGUUGGCGAAUCGCGGAACCUCGCCGAGUUCUACGGCUCGCUCGUGCGCACGAUCAUCAUCGUGGCGGUCGUGCUGCUGGACGCGGGCGUCGAGGGCGAGUGGAGGAGCUUCAGCGCCAUCGGCGGCAUCGCGGAACACCGCGAGAGCGUGGCGCUCGCCCUGGCUCUGUUGGGCGUGCAGGCAGGCGCCUCCAUCCUCUGCAAGUGGCUCGCGAACGCCGCCUGCAAGAUCCGCCAGCAGAGGAGCUGCUUCGCCGCGCCGCUCUGCCUCGCCACGCCCGCCGCCCUGGCGGUCGUCGUCGCCCUCCACUUCGUGCUCGACGCCUCGGGCGACUCUCGCUAUGACUGCGAGUCGGUCCGACGGUGGAACGGCUCCGAGCAGACGACGUCCGCAACUACCUCACUCUUCUAUGACCGCACGGCCGCUGCCGUCUGCUCGUUCGUGGGUCCUGGCAAGGACUCAGUGGUGGAUACCGUGCUCACGUUGGGCGCCGGGGCGCUGUGGUUUGCGGCGCUGCUGCUGGCGGCGGCGCCCGCGUUGCGCCCGGGCGGUGCAAUGCGCAUGGAGCGCACACGCGAGCUCUUCGUGCGCCGCGCCCCGCAGCCCGCGUGUCUCGUCGCGGGACUGCUGCUCAACCGGCGGCAGCAGCAGGAGGAGGUGGAGGAGGAGAGGAGCAGCCAAGAGCAAGAGAGGGUGAAGAUCUAUCUGUGCGCAACCAUGUGGCACGAGACCAAGGAGGAGAUGACGAAGAUCAUCUCGUCCAUCCUGAGGCUGGACAGGAGUCAGCCUAAGGAUCUAAGCGUCGGUUCCGGCGGCAGAGGGAAGACGAAGAAUAAUGAGAAAAAGAAGGAGGAGGAGAAGCAGAAGAAGGAGGGGGGAAAGGAGGAGGAGGAAAAUGAGAAAAAGGAGGAGAAGAAGAAGGAGGAGGAAAAUGAGAAAAGGGAGAAGGAGGAAAAGAAGGGGAAGAAGGAGAAGACAGUGAAGCGGGAACCGUACGACUUCUCGGCUCACAUCUACUUCGAUGACGCCUUCGAGAUGAAGGGAGAUCACAUGGUGGUCAACCAGUUCGUGACCAGCCUCAUGGACGUCAUCGCCGAAGUGUGCCGGUAUUUUGAGAAAAACUCGAAUAAUCCACAAGAGGCGCCGUCAAUGGAGAGGACUCAGACGCCGUACGGAGCGCGACUCUCCUACAAACUCCCGCACGGCAACUCGCUGUGCGUGCACCUCAAGGACAAGGAGAUGAUCCGCCAUCGCAAGCGGUGGUCACAGGUGAUGUACAUGUACUACCUCUUUGGCUGGAAGAUCUACCGCAAGAUCCACACAGUGAAGAAAGAUGAACAAGAGGAAUGGGUGGAGAAGCGCAACACCUAUGUGCUGGCCUUGGACGGAGACACGGACUUCUACCCCUCGGCGCUCUCCAUGCUGAUCGACCGACUCAGGAGGGACCCCACCGUUGGCGCCGCCUGCGGGAGAAUUCACCCGACGGGUGUGGGGCCGCUCAUCUGGUACCAGAAGUUCGAGUACGCGGUAGGCCACUGGCUGCAGAAGACGGCCGAGCACGUGCUGGGCUGCGUUCUCUGCAGCCCUGGCUGCUUCAGCCUCUUCCGGGCCAAGGCCAUCAUGGACGACAACGUCCUCAAGACCUACACCACCGUGGCCACCGAGGCCCUGCAGUACAUCCAGUACGACCAAGGCGAGGACCGCUGGCUGUGCACGCUGAUGCUGCAGCAGGGCUGGCGCGUCGAGUACUGCGCCGGAUCGGACGCCUACACCAACGCCCCGCAGGAAUUCAAGGAGUUCUUCAACCAGCGGAGGCGGUGGGGCCCCUCCACGAUGGCGAACACCUUCAGCAUCCUGGAGAACGGCGUCCGCACGGCCAAGAAGAACCCGUCCAUCUCUCGGCUCUACAUUCUCUAUCAGAUCAUCUACAUGGCCACCUCCAUCAUGGGUCCGGCUACUGUCUGUCUCAUGAUUGCAGGAUGUUUCACUUUUCUUUUCAAAAUGGACCAAAACUGGGCACUCCUCAUUGCCAUCAUUCCGCCUGCUCUGUACAUCGCCGUCUGCUUCAAGACGAAGCCCGACACGCAGAUCAAGGUGGCCAUGGUACUCACCGUGGUCUACAUGUUUCUCAUGACGGGCACGCUGCUCGCUUUGAUCGGCGACCUCAUCAAGAACGGCAUCCUCACGCCCAGCGGCAUCUUCUUCAUCACACUUGCGGGCAUCUACCUCAUCACCGCGGUGCUGCACCCACGCGAGUUCUUCUGCAUCGUGCAUGGCUUCAUGUAUUUUAUCUGCAUCCCCACGGGAUACCUACUGCUGCUCAUCUACUCGCUGGUCAACAUGUAUAACGUAUCGUGGGGCACGCGCGAGACCAAGGCACCUUCUGAGCCCACCCCAAAAGAGAAGAAGAAAAGCAAGCAUCGUUGCAAUGAUGCGAAAUGCUGUGUGCUGCCACUCGAUUGGGACUGCUUCCAGUGGAGGAUCAGCGUCUAUCCGAAGGAAUAUGCGGCGAUGAGUCAGGAGGAUGACAUUUCAAGAUGGAUGCUCACCGACUCUGGACACAAACUCAGCCCACGACAAACUUCAGAUUUCCUCGGAUCUCAGAACGAGCAGAGGAACUAG